CGAGAGGCAAUGAAUGGCAGGCCAGGCCCGCAUCCACUGUUUUUCCAAAAGCUUCUUCUUCUUUUUCCCUUCCCUCUGUAUUUUGCAUUAGCAUAGCCUACUUUUACCUCCAUUAUUACUUCGUCCUUCCCUUUUGCUUUCCCGUUCGGACACCUUACUCGCUUGGCUUCUUCUCCUCUCCUCUCCUCUCCUCCCGGUGCGCUCCUUUGUGAUUGGUUGCUGCUGCUCGGGAUCAAUGGGUACUCCUACUCCAUACCACCUCCUGUCUCCAAGAACCAUCGUCACCAAGAUCAUCAGCAUGAAGCGGCAGGAGCCAGAGCCGCCGCCGCCGCCCAAGAUCAUCCUGCAGCCACGGCACCGGACCAGCCCCGCGAUGUGGUGCGCUGCCAUCGUCUGCUUCGCCUUCAGCGUCCUCCUCAUCCUCGCCGGCCUGGUGAUCCUCGUCGUCUUCCUGACGGUGAAGCCAAGGACGCCGUCCUUCGACGUCGCCCACGCAGCCCUCAACAGCGUCUACAUCGGCUCGCCCCCGCCCUACUUCAACGGCGACAUGACGCUGACGGCCAACAUCUCCAACCCCAACCGCAAGAUCGGCGUCGUGAUCCAGUCCGGCGCCGUCGAGCUCUUCUUUCGGGGCAGGCUGGUGUCGGCCCAGGCGCUGCCGUCGUUUGCGCAGCGGCGGGGGCAGUUCACAGUCCUCAGCGUCCACAUGCUGUCUAGCCAGGUCGUGCUACCGCCGGAGGUGGCCGUGGAGCUGCUGAACCAGAUGAAGAGCAACAAGAUCCUCUUCACCAUCAGAGGGACCUUCAAGGUCCGGGAAAGGUUCUGGUCUUGGCACUACACCUACCGGAUGACUGCCAUUUGUGACCUGGAGCUCACCGCGCCUCCCUCUGGAUUUCUCGUAGAUAGGAGAUGCACAACAUCAACGUGAUUGGUACCUGGAUGCUCUUUUCAUCUUCUUUUGUUGCAUCAAAUUUUCAAGGAUGUAUAGCAGUACGAAACUAUUUUGGAUGUAUUUUUUUAUGUAAAGUAAAAUCCAAGUAAACCAUUCACAGCAAUCUAAAAUUAUCACGCGAUUCCUCUGUUUAUGUCUGAAAACCAAACAAACAAACAAGGGCCUGGGAACAUCUACUGGUUACCAUAUUUAGGUAGGUUAAUAACUGAAGAAGAAAAUCAUUGGACACAUUUAUCUGUAAUAACAGUUAGGGUAGCAAAAACAACCUGUGAAAGCGAUGCCUGCCCCUGGUUUCUGAAACCAAUUUCCAUCACAACUCCUUUUCUUGUGACUAU